AUGACGCUAUGGAAGUCCACCUUGCGUGUCGGCUCUGCUCCAUGCUCGUUGACGGACAGCCUGACUCAUUGGACCCUCCAAUCGCUUCUUCAGCCCGAUCAUCCGGCCGAGGCUAGCACGUCAGUCCUUCAGGAGCUACUCGGCCUCCUGUCAGCCUGUGCAGACGAGGAGGGAGAUAUUUACCGGCACCACGAACGGGGCGCACGGCACCUCGGCCACAUGCAGUUUAGUGUGAUCCAGCAGUAUCUGCGGCUGCAACCCCGGCUCUAUCUCCUAGCACUGCUCCUGCGACCCGACAAGAACUACCGGCUGCUUGCCUUCCCGGACCCAGCUCGCGGGGCCCAGGAGGAAGACACAUUUAUCGUGGAGGACACACUGCCCCGCGGGACUGUGCGAUUCUGGAUCCCGAUGGAGAAGGAGUCGGGGAGGGUCUGGAAUGCGUCCUUCGAGCGCCCCGAUAUCCCUGAAGCCUCCCAGACAUUCGGAAUCCCAAGGUUAAUGAUGCCAAGCGGACAUAAAGACAAUCGACCUGUGGCGAAAUCUUACCCUUCCGCCCGGAUACCCCAACAGGAUCACUCACUUCUCUCGUUUGAAUUGCUAAAGAUGCAAUGGCUUUUCCAUCGGGUCCUCGCGCUGAGUGGAGCGGCGGACUUUGCAACAUGGGAUGAGAACGACGCCGAUUCUGAUUCCGAAAACGAAGUCGAUCUCCCAAUUUCCGAUGAGGAACUGGGCAGCUUCGAACUCGUGCCGAGCAUCCUCGGAAAAGGGGAAAGCCAAUAUACUCUCGAGAUGCCAUUUCGAGCAAAGCAUGCCUGUCCAUUCUCAUGGAUAUUUGUGCGGCGGCCCAUAAAGGAGAAGAAGUGCAUCGAAGAGAUGCUGGAUCCUUGCUAUAUGUCCUUGACGGUGGACCAGAUCAUGAGCCAAGCGCUCAACCUUUCAGAUGAGCUCCAGACACGCGAAUUGUUCAGGCAGGCACUCCUAUCCUGCCAGUGCCCCACGGGUCUUCGGAAGCCAAGAUUGGCAGUCAACGAUCUGUGCAACAACAUGGAUGAGACUAUCCCAAUGCUGGUGGGAGAUGAGCAGGGAAUUGGUGACGAGUCCUGA